CAAUUCACAAACACAGCACAGAUCAGCAGCCUAACACUGGCGUGCACUCUUCAUGGAUGCAUUGCUUUGGUCUGGCUUUACUUUUCACCGAUUGGCUACAGAAACUUUGAUGUUGCUGGCUGUGCAAAACAGGAGGAAUGACACAUUACCAUAAGGAAAAGCGCUGUGAAAAGUGGCGUUUUUGACGGCGUGAAAAACGGCACUUUAAUGUACCUCGCUAGAGCGCUGUAGAAAGGUUUUCGCGGCGUUAAAAAGCGGCAUUUCACCGUAACACGGCAUGGAAUGCGGCGUCCUGACACUUUACACACCGCUUUUUUUGCAGCCUUUUCUUAACUAAACGAGUUUGAAAAGUGACGUAAUUUGGCAGCUCGGGCUUGCCAUAAUCUCCGGCGGCAGCUCCACUUCUCCUGACCCACAUUCACCCGUACUGUACGGGCAGCAGGAGGACCGAGCACAGAAAACAAAUAAACGCCGUAGAGUUUCCCCGAAGACCGUGGCCAUGACUUUGGUGGCAGUCCCAGGCAGACACGGCGUUCCCGUCUCCUCAGACCUGAUAGCGGCUUGAAAGGGGGGGGGGGGGGCUACCACCGGGAGAGCCAUUAACGUUAGCUAACGUUACGCAGUUUGGGACGGUUAACCCGCUGGACUUGCUCUGUUUACACGUAUUUGUGCGGCUUUUUCCUUCACGUGUUAAUCCAGCUGUCCCUUGUACACGGGAACAGGAGGCGGCUUUGAAUCAUAAAUCGAGCAGUGGUGAGUGUGUCAAUAUACUGCAGUGACACUAUAGCGGAAUACAGUGAAUGCUUCUUUAUGGGGCGGCGGUACAACACGAGUGCUGUCCUCACGUCAACCCGACACCGGUCGCUGCGCCGGGACACCGGCCUGCUUUCUGUACUGUCCCAAUAGGUAAACGCAAAGAAGCCUGGCGUGUGUACUGUAUGUACGUCUGUGUGCCAUUUGAGAAAGUGACCUGCAUGACUGCCAUGUGCUCCCUUUACUGUCGUUAUAUUGAGGGACCUGGGUCAGAGUCUGGACGUGUGAGAGAUGACACCCAAGAGGAAACGUGAAGGAUGAGGGCAGCAAUCAUCUGCUUUGUUUGUGGGCCAAUCAGACUGGAUUCUGUGACUCAUUCUGGGCCCAGAGCUGCAGUUCAAGACACCCUGGGUUGGGGAUUUUCCAGACUGGUGUACAUCUGUUUCAAAGAAGACGCCAUCUGAUGUUUGUGUCAAUGAGGAAGACAGGCCUCCGUCUUCAUAGCACCAGGUGGAUCCCCUGAAGAAACCUACCGGUACAUGUUAAGUGGCACGAGCCAAGCAUCGACUUUUUCGGAUGGACAGUGGGAAACCACCAGCAUUCUUUUUUUCCAAAAGACAUAAGACUGAAGAAUACACUCAAGAUUGAUACAACACAGUUUUACCUCCCCCCGUCCUCUCCUCUUCUGCAUUCUACCUCUUAGAGAAAUAGAAAAGGAAAAACAGCAAUUUAUUAUCUGUUAUCAGUAACAUUUCUCCAUUUACCUCAGGGAUUUUCUCCCACUGCCUACCUCCUCCACCGAAUCAGCCAACCCAGUGACUGGAACACUGAGCAAAAACACACCCGUGACCUCUCACUGCUGUUACCGUGACAACCUGUAUUGCCUCUCGAGUUUUCCUCACUGCAACCGUGACGACCAGCAAUGACCAUCGACCUCUUACCACCUGCCAGCUCAGACCUGCUCACUGCCUAAAUCGUACCGAUCCACACCUGUAGCCUGGACCUCGUGCUAGUUAUUACUGAAAGCAAAAGCGUCAUAUUGCCAGAAAGGCAGCUACACACUCACAGUAGCCUCACCCUUCAAUACAAUAUACCUGGCAGGCAACUAUAUACCUCAGCAGACACAGAUUCUACAGGCACUCAGUCAACAGAAGGGAACUUUCCAGCAACAGCAUUCACAAGCCUGGUGCUUCAAUCUACCCAGUACACAACUCACUUCAGCAUCUUCCAUUUGCCUUAGAGUCAGGAGUAUAGCAACAGUAGCCUGGGAGGCCUCCAGAGAAGCAAAGAGAGAGACUCAGGGGUACUGCCUGGCAGGGAACUUCCCUUCAUUUGCUUCUCAGCAAAGUCACAUCAUCACAUACUCCUGAUCUAAGUGGUAGCAUAAAUCGGCAAUUGCCCAAGAGGCCUUCGGAGGUCACAGAAGACACUCAGACGUUUCUCCUGCCUUGAGCUUCCUCUUCGCCCCCGUGAAGCCUCCAGAGAAGUGAAGCUACCCACGGAGCAGGAGAAGUUCUUUCUGACUCUGGAGGCAAGCCACAAAGAAUUAAGAACUUCCUGGCAGAAUCAACUCAGAGCAUUAUAAACCUUGGAAAGUAAGAAGAGUAAACACUGAGAAGAUCUAUAUUGUGUGACAGCGAAGAGAAAAGGAGUGGGGAAAGCAUUAAGAGUUCGGAGAAGAAUGCAGCGAUGAGCAGAUGGUUGAGGUUCACUGCAUCUGGACGGCUCCAAUUCGAAUCAGGAACAGGCCUUGUUUUGCUUCCACUGAUGUCCCGCCCACCGCGCACCUCCCAGCCAAUCGCCACCCAGAUUCUCCGAUGGCUGCCUAUUGAAGGGGCCGCCGGCGAAUGCUGAGCAGGCUGGCGAGGUCGAGGUCCGCCUCGUUGUCCUGUGAUUGGCUGCUGGACGGGACUGAGGCUUCAUGGAGCCAAUGUCCACCAAGCAGGAUAGCAACUCAUCAGAGGGAGAAGAGAGAGGUUGGCCAGAUGUGCCAAAGAGAAAGAGUAAGAAGAGCCAGUGUUCGGUGAAGAGUAUGUCUGCUCUUAGUGUCUCUGUUCCAGGGUACAUCCCCAGUUACCUGGAGAAGGAUGAGCCGUGCGUGGUGUGUGGGGACAAAGCGACUGGCUACCACUACCGCUGCAUCACCUGCGAGGGUUGCAAGGGUUUCUUCCGCAGGACCAUCCAGAAGAACCUCCAUCCAUCUUACUCCUGUAAAUAUGAAGGCUGCUGCAUCAUCGACAAGAUCACACGCAACCAGUGCCAGCUGUGCCGCUUUAAGAAGUGCAUCUCUGUGGGCAUGGCCAUGGACUUGGUGUUGGACGAGUCGAAGCGCGUGGCCAAGCGGCGUCUGAUCGAGGAGAAUCGACAGAGAAGGAAGAGGGAGGAGAUGGUGCGGACGCUGCAGACGAAGCCGGAGCCAAACACAGCAGAGUGGGAACUGAUCAGGAUGGCAACCGAGGCCCACCGGCACACCAACGCCCAGGGCUCCAGCUGGAAACAGAAGCGCAAGUUCCUGUCGGAUGAUAUCGGCCAGGGCCCGAUGGUGCCCACCUCCGAAGGAGAUAAGGUGGACCUGGAAGCCUUCAGCGAGUUCACCAAGAUCAUGACCCCCGCCAUCACGCGUGUCGUCGACUUUGCCAAGAAAUUGCCCAUGUUCUCAGAGCUGCCUUGUGAAGACCAGAUCAUCUUGCUGAAGGGCUGCUGCAUGGAGAUCAUGUCGCUGCGCGCUGCUGUACGCUACGACCCAGAGAGCGAGACACUGACGCUAAACGGCGAGAUGGCCGUGAAACGUGAGCAGCUGAAGAACGGCGGGUUGGGCGUGGUGUCGGACGCCAUCUUUGAUUUGGGCAAGAGCCUGGCUCAGUUUAACCUGGAUGACUCGGAGGUGGCUCUGAUGCAGGCCGUGCUGCUCAUGAGCUCAGACCGUUCAGGGCUGACCAAUGUGGAGAAGAUCGAGCAGUGCCAAGAGGCCUACCUGCUUGCGUUCGAGCACUACAUCAACUACCGCAAGCACAACAUUCCCCACUUCUGGCCCAAGCUACUGAUGAAGGUGACGGACCUGCGCAUGAUCGGCGCUUGCCACGCCAGCCGCUUCCUCCAUAUGAAGGUGGAGUGUCCCAACGAACUCUUUCCCCCGCUCUUCCUGGAAGUCUUCGAGGACCAGGAGGUGUGACUUAAAGAACGUUGAAACCACGGCAACCCCUUAAAAGAACCCUCGACACAGAAGGAAAUACAUUUGGGGUGGCUUUGGUGGAAGAGGAAGACUUGAGGAGAAGAAAAACUGGAUGAUUUUUUUUUCUUCAGUGGGAACUUUUUUUGUCUCUACUUUGUCACCCACAAGACCUGCCACCUGCCACCAGCAAAUAAACAUCAACAUCACCAGAGAGAUACACACUGGCAAUCUGACUUUGCUUUUUGUAAUUCUGAGAGGUACACACACACAGAGUACAAAGUUGUAAACAGUUAUAGAUAUUCACAGAUUUAAAUUCCAAACACACUGCCGUGAACGUACAGUAAACCUAUAUGCAAACACAAACCUCAUCAAUGAACUCCUCUUGCACCUGUAUGGACAACCAGCUGUACUCUGUUCCUACACUAAUGCAAACUGAGGGGUUUGGUUAUGUCUCUACUCCCCCCACACCCACCUCUCACCUCAAAAAAGUGUAGUUUUUUUUAAUCUCUGGGACCUGACCAUUAGCUCCUCAGACAACCCCCAUCUCCACCACACACCCGUCUCCCGUGCUUCUCCUUAACUGCAAUGGCGUCUUCCGUCUGCGCGUGCAGCCCACCCCUCAGUCCGCCGAGGCCCUGUUAGUGUUUGUCGACCUACCUCCCUCACGUUACUGACCUCUCUAUCUCUCUCUGUCUCACGUACACACAGAGACACACACACACACACACACACAUUAUGUGCGUGCACAAAACACACCGCUACACUCUUACCUCAUGUAAAAUGUAUUUGCUAAUUUAUUGUGUGGGUGGUGGUAGUCUAUUGGGAAAACAUGAAGCCAUGCAGUCCUCAGUUACCCAUGUACCUCUCUGCUAGUGUUAGGAGAAGUUACUUAGUUUGAAGCCCUUAUCUAUAAUGUGUUAUUUAUACAUACAUACCUGCGUGACACAUUAUAAUGCAUUAUAUAACAGUUGUCGUUUGUAUUGUCUUAUAACUACAGCCAUUAGACAUUAUAAGUAUGAUUAUUAUGAUUUAAAUGAUUUAAGUUAUAAGAUGUUAUAAACAACAUGGUGCUUUCUGUGAUCAUACUGAAUAAGGAAUGUGGUUAUGGCAGUCCUUGUCUGCUUCAAGAAAGGGUGUAUUGAUAUCUAUUAGGUUUUGAGGUUUGUGUCAUUAUACAGUAAAUGCUUAUUGUUUGCUUCAAGUUGAGGCAAUAGUUCAGCAUUCCGGGAAAUAAGCUUAUGAUCUAGCUCUCGGCAAGAGAGAAGAUUGAUACCACCCUCAAAAAUAUGAAGCUACAAGCCAGUAGCUGGUUAGCUUAGUUCAGCACAAAGACUGGAAACGGGGAAACAGUUAGCCUGGCUCAGUCCAAACUGUAAAUACUACACGUUGUGGUUUUAUGGGGGGUUAUGUGCCUGCUAUUUCUUCGCCCGGCACUUAGAAACCUUCAAAACUAAUGACAUAUCCAUCAGCCUCAGUUGUGCUUUGUGUUUAGUGCUAAUUAGCAAAUGUUAUCAUGCUAAUAUGCUUAACUAAGAUGCUGAGCAUAGCAAACAUUACUUGCUAAACAUCAGCAAGUUAACGUUGUUGUUAGCAUGUUAGCAUUCACACUGACGCUAUAAUAAACUGCAUAUUCGGCUAUAAACAGUAUUUUUAUAUAAACAAUAGAUCACAUGACUACUUGUAAGUAAAAGCUGUCGCUCGUAGUGAUUAACCCACAGAGAAUUAUCACUUUAUAGCGUCUUUCAGCUCGCUGUUGUCGUUUUCCAGCCCACAACUUUAAUGUUUUGUCACUCUCACCGCUCUCAUAGCAGCAUUUUGAACUCAAAAGGCAGCUGUAUUCAGCAAAAACGCUCUAAAAACCGACUGUAUGGUAGCUAUAACAUCAGAAAGACAAAGUUAGCGGCUAGCUUGUGAACAUAGUGGAACCAGAUAUUAACCUUAGGAGUUGGUGGAGACCAAACAGAGCUAAAAAAAAAAAGAGGUGGUCAGAAACACAACUCCCAGUGAAUGCUAAUGUUGCUAAGUAAUAGCUGGAUGUGUAAAUAGGCAACUGUUUGCUAACAAGUUCAGUCAGUGCUGUGUUCACAGCUUGUUUCUGUUGCCCCCAAAUGGUCAAAAAAGUUUAACAUUGCUAUUGUGAGCAUGUUAGCAUAACAACCACUACCAUUUUUAUGUACUUCUGUGGCUUUGCUGCCAGGAUAAUUAAAGUGUGUCUGCUACGUGUCAGUACUGCAUUUGAAGUAGACACUGAGAGGAAAGAAAAGCAUUAUUGCCUGCUAUAACCCCAUUACUCAUUCAGUAUGUUUACAGAAAGCACAGAUUUAUUCAUAAGACCUUAUACCUUUACAUGGGUAAAAUGGGUAGCGACUUGAACUUGUAAAAAUAAUAGUAUAUAAAAGUAUAUUUUGAAAAUAAAGUGUAUGGUAGCUAUUGGCUACAUAGGAUGUGUUCCCACUACUUUUAUUGUACAGUGUCACUUACUGUACUUAAAGAAAUAGUUAGGUUACAAGCUCAGUAACAUUAAUGCUGUAAUCUAGAGUACUCACAUACAGUAUAUGAAUAUGUAUGUAUAAUAUGUAUGUAUGAAUGUGUGUAUGUAUAUAUAUAUAUAUAUAUAUAUAUAUAUAUAUAUAUACAUAUAUAUAUAUAUAUAUAUAUAUUGCUAGAAUACCUCUCCGAUACCUCCUGUACUCAUUACCUCACAUACAUGCAUAUUACACACACCCUUUCCGUUGUUUAUUGAUGUAUUACCUCAGUUGUUUUGGCGCUCAUCUUUUCCUCCUCCUAAAUAACCACUGGGCUGCACCACACUUCCUGUCUCCGUGUGUGUAUGUGAGUCCAUCUGUCCAGCCUGUUAAUUGCACCGUAGCCCCGCCUCCUCACCUCCCCACUGUCUUCUGAUAGGUUCAGCGCUGGCAGAUGGUGCAGGUGGUGGGAGGGGAUGUUGUCACUUACUCUGCAGGCCUCUCCUGUCACCUGUACCUGUUUCAAGUCCAGCCUGAAACCAACAGAUUCUACCUCACCUCUCAUCUCAGUGCAGCUGCCUGUCUAUAUAUAUGUAUAUGUAUAUAUAUAUAUAUAUAUAUAUAUAUAUAUAUAAAAAUAUAUAUAUUUUACACACACACACAGUGCACAAAUUGGUUGCCAACAUGGACCCGUUGAGUGUGCUGCUCCAGCGACAGUGUACAGCAAGUCUUUUGAACGGGCCAUGGACCAACCUUUGACAGCUGACAUGGCAGACUUUGUCAUUUUCUCCCCUUUUUCAUUUUCAUCACACCACUUUGGACCAACAGUCACUUUAGAUUCUGUUUUUAUUUAGGAACCUGAAAUGACAACGAGAGCAGGGGUGAAUGUGUGACAUUACAGUGUGCUGACUGAACUUAAAGGAAACUGUCAGGGGACAACGACAGCUGGAAGCUGGAACUCCAGUGGAAGCCAUUUUGGCCCAAUUGGAUCAGGCCAACAGACUAUUGUGGGUGGUGACUGGGAGAUAAAUAAACAGCAAGUGAGUCAGCAGUAUUCACCUGUGGAUAUGGUUUCAUCCCGACCGAGGGAAGGGAAGCGGCGAGCGAGCAAACCACUGUGGCAGGUAGCAAUGUGACUCAGGCCAAGCCAAAAGCAAACAGCCACACAAAAAUGGACCCUUAUUCUCACACCUGCUGUACAUCUUCAAAUCCUUCCCUCGCCGUCGCAGCAGAAAUGGACACCAAGCCAUUUAAGACUUUCUGAGCGACUGUCCUAUCCCAGAAACGUACAAUAUGAAUUGCUGAAAUAAGCUCCACCAACCAUAUCCCAAAUUGCCAUCCACUUCAAAUAACUAUCAGGUUUUUUUCUGUUGCACUAAAACCACAAUGUCUGUAUCCCUUAGUAGCCCUGAACCCCCUCCUUUAUCCCCUUCCCCCACAUCUUUCCUGUUCCUGCUUGUCUUUAGCAGUCUUAACAGUAUUCUCUAAAAUAUCUCACACACACAGUCCGUUAUCUCAUCUCCUGAUUACCUGUUGAAACCAACACAGACUCUGACAUGGCCUUUAGGCACCACCACUCUCAGUGUUACUAAUCUAUGUUGCAGGGUAUUAAAAUAGAACUGUAAGCGCUGAUUAUACAGGGAUAUACA